AUGCCGUCAACGGAUAAAUUGAAGGCCUCUUUAGCAACAUCUGUCAUUAAGCGCGAGAAUGCAUUUUCUGCGGCAUCUACUCUUCUUAAAUUAAUAGAGGAUUUGACCACAGAAGUCGAUGUGGCCAACAUGUGUCUGGCUGAGUUGGUCAAAGUGAAAAAGACUUUCAGGGAGGCUGAUGAUCGUCUAACCGCAUCUACGUCUGUUAAGGCGCCAUCAUUGUCAUCGGCUGAGCUACCUAUUCCGCGGGUUGACCUGCCUUGCUUUCAGGGCAUCGCUCUAUUCGAUGCCUUAGUGCAUCAGAACAAUUCCCUGGCGCCCGUUCAGAAGUUUCACCUCUUGGCAUCUGCCAUCUCUGGUGAAGCAGCAUCUGUCAUUUCUGGCUUUCAAUUAAAUUCGGUGAAUUACCCUCUGGCCUAUCAAGCCCUUCACUCCCGGUAUCAAAACCCUCGUCGGUUGGCGAAUCUUUAUGUGAAUCAGAUCUUGGAUUCACGGCCCGCAUCUGUGUCUUCCUUACCACAGUUGAAGAAAUUCGUCACGACGCAUCAGAAUGCCAUUCAUGCCAUCAAGGCAUUACCCAUUUCAGAUCUGGCUGACUUCCUCUUGUUUUCUCUAGCUUUGCGCAACCUCGAUAUACCAUCUCGCCACUUGUUUGAGGGGCAGUUAUCCUCUGAUGACUUUCCCACUCUCGCUCAGUUGCUCGAAUUCACCAAUCGACAGUUGCGAGUGUUGGAGAGCACUUCCGUCACCUCAUCCAUUGCGCCGAAGGGAUCAUUAAGACUUCAAUCUCCAGCAGGCUCAGCGUCUGUUUCCCCAUCGUCUGUGCCUUCAUCCUCUGGUGUGUAUCCUCGCCGCCCUGCUUACGCUGGUGCGUGCCCUUCGUCGUCUUCCGCGUGUGUGUUUUGCUCGGCGAAUCAUUCUGUUCGCCAGUGUCGUGAGUUCAAGGCCAUGAACGUUAAUCAGCGACGAGCUUUCGUGACUGAAAGGCGACUAUGUAGAAAUUGCAUGUCGUCUUUCCAUGCCACCGCUAAGUGCAGUUCGAGUCAGAGCUGUCACACAUGCGGGGGACGAUACCACACAAUUCUCCAUCUGGCAUCUGCUGCCGCGGCAUCUGCUGCCACUGCAUCCCCUUCCGUUUCCUAUGCUGGAAGGAAAUCCCUUUCAACGGAAGAACGUCCUUCUUCGCCCUCUGUUUCAUCAGAGGAGCCAACCCGUGCUUUCACCUCUCGGGGCACCUAG